AUGUUAGUUGUGCAAAGGUGUUUGGAAAACAAAAAUGGCUUAUUAUUUGAAACUGGUGCAAGCUCACAAUACAAGACAGAAAGCAAAGAAGGACCACCUUUGGCAGAAGAAGCAAAACCUGAUAAUUCUGCGAAGAAUGACAAAGAUACUUGCAUGAUGGAGGCAGUUGAGCCUCGGACUACAUGGGUGAUGCCCAUGGGAUAUGAAGCUGGAACAUCUAGUACUCCAACUGGCACCUCCACCGGUAUGCAAACAAGAGCUGGAAAACAGAAAGCUGCAAAAAAAGAGGAACCAGUAGUUGUUGAGAAAGGGAAACCAGCAGAAAAAUCAUCAAAGAUUCAAUUCCAGAAAAGAGGAAAGGUUGUUGAUCCUCUAACUACGUCGGUUAAAACUAGUAAAAGAAAGAAGCAACAAGCACAUAAACCAACAUCGGCAGAUGCAAAUGAUGAAGACACUGAAUCUAAGAAAGAGAAGAAAGUCCUAAGGACCAAUCGUAAGAAAUGUAAGGUUGUUGGAACCUCCACUAUCAAAUCUGUGGAGAAACCGGUAAAUAAACCUACUUCUCUUGAUAAACUGUUAAGAAGUAUUAAGGAAUAUGGUGUUCUUAAGGGAUUGAAAAAAUUGUAUGAUAAUCUUGGUGAGAAUGAACAAAGGUUAAUAGAAGAUGCAGUUGCAAUGAAGCAAGAUAGAGAAUUUGUUGAGUACACACUCAAAAAUCUUCAACCGGAAGCCACAAAGGAAGAAUUAGAUGAUAUUUUGUUAAAAGAAAAAUCUUCCUUUAGAUCUAAGAAAAGACUAACAAGGAUGUUAAUCGAUGAGACCCAAUCAGUCCAACAAGAGACUGAAAUUUUGUUAAGGAAAUCUUUGGGUCUAAUUCCUACUGAAGAGGAAUAUGAUGAGGAUGAUGAACCUGAAAAGAUUAACGGUGAAAAUUUUCCAGAAGGUGUUAAACCUAUUGAUUUUGACCCUGAUGACAUUGUGUUAGAUGACCAACCGAAUCAAGAACAGGAAGGAAAGAAAGAUGAAGAAGAAAAGAAGGAUGAGGAGCCACCGGUAGAUAAUCAGACUGUAGAUACUCAAACACCACCGGUAAAGGACAUUAAUGAAGAUAAGCAAGAAAAUAAGACUGAAGAAACUGAAAAGGAAAAGGAAGAAGAGAAAACUGAGAAAAAAGAGGGGACAAAGGAGAAUAAGACAGAAAAGAUUGAACCUAUAGUGACACCUUUGUAG